GUCUUCCCACAAAAGCGACGGCAAACAGCGGCGGUCUAUUCAAAACAAAAUCUUCGGAUUCUUUAUAAAUGUCGUUUUCAAAAGCACCUGUCAAGCGUUUUAAUGAUGUUUCAGGUUGCGCUCCACCUGUUGGAGCAUAUGAUCCUAAAGAGGAAAGAAAUCUGAAAGGAGCAUACAUCGAGAAAUCAGAUCGCUUCAAACAUCCAAAAGAUGUUGCUCCUAAUUCUGAUUACAUGGAAUACUUCCAUCAUUCUCAGCUGACUUCCAGCACUCCCAGAAAAUGUGGCUCCGCAAACAGUUCCUCAUCUUCUGAGUCAUCCAACAGAAGUGUAGCAAGGAAGUCAACACAUUUCAGUGAUCAUACUGGACGUAUUAAAGACCUUGAACUGGAGCUCCGGAGACUUCUGCAUGUAAAGGGAGAACAGGAUCGCGAGCUGCGGCAGCUGCGUGAAAAGUGUCAGAAUCUUGAAGGACGACUAAAUAAUGCCGAUGUCGAUCACACACUGUGCCUUGCUCAUGCAGCCACUUUGGAGGCAGAAACUAAGGAGGCAAAGUCACAGCUGAAGGUUUUACAAAUGCAGUUGCCUGUCCAGAUGCAACAGAAGCAUGAAAAACUUGUACAGAGUCUGAGGCAAGAACAUGAAGCAAAAUCCAAGGAACUUCGGCAAGAGCUAGAAGCAGUUAAGAAAAGCAUGACCACGCACAGCAGAAAAAUGCAGAAGGCACAACAGGAAGUGGACAUCCUUCAGCAAAUGCUGCAAAAAAGCCAAGAGGCCUGCAGCUCUUGCGAACAGAAGCUGCAGGCACUGCAAGAAGAGAGCAGCAAGACACAGCAACAGAUGCACAGCCUUCAGUUAGAGAGGGAGAGGCUGCAGCAAGCCCUGGCACAGCAAGGAGAUGUGUGCGCUGUGACAGAACAGCGGCUACAAGCUGCAUUACAAGCACGAGACCAGGGGGAGAAGCAGAUGGAGCAGGCACAGCAGAAGUGUUAUGAUCUGCAGCAGCAGUUGCAGCAGAUGCAAGAGAACCACAGCAAGCUUCAAGAGCAGUUGCAAGAAGAGCUGCACAGCACAAAGGAAAACUUGGCUAAACUGCAGCAAAGUGGUAUUUCUGUGGAAGAGGAAAGCAAGAAUUUGAAACUGGCCAAAAAGGACCUUGAAGUGCGUGGGGACCUUAUGUUCGAUGCUAUUAGGUCUCUCAAGGAAGAAGCAUACAGUGAGUCUGAUGUCAUGAAGCAGCAGCUUUUUGAGGAGUUGGCUGAGAAUGCUCUGUUAAAGGAGCACAUAGAGCAGCUAGAACAAGAAAAUAAGCUGCUAAAUGAAACCAUUCAGUCACUGACAGUAAAGCAUGAAGUUCUGGAAGAAAAGCUUGCUUCCCAAGAAGUUCAGGAAGAAAAAACCUGUUCACAGCUCAAAAUGCAAGUUAAUGUAUUGCAACAAAAUUUACAAACUCUUCAGGAUGAACUGGAGUGCACAAAACUGACGAACAAAGAUUUAGUUCAAAGCCUGACACAGCUGAAGGAUGAACUAUCAUGUACAAAAAGUCGUGAGCAUGGCAAAGAAAAGGAGCUGGAAGUUCUAAGCCAUGCUAAACUUGACCUGGAAGCAGCCAUCAAAAGCCUCAUGGUGGAUCUCCAUGCUGUGCAACAAAGAGAAGAAGGAGCACAGAGUCAGGUGCUUCAUUUUCAGACACAGGUGCAGCAGCUCCAGGUCACAGAGCAGGAUCUCAAGAUGCAGCUAGAGCAGCAAGUGACCUUGGCUGACCAAGAACAAAACAAGCUGAAGGAUAAGUUGAAGAGAGCUACUGAAGAACGAACACAGCUG